AUGAAUGUGCUGCUCCUUAAAGAGCCGAGGGAUGGAGAUACUGGGCCUGAUCCAUACAUAAAGGAGCUGGCUGCUUGCGGACACAAAGCCACUCUCAUCCCAGUGCUGUCUUUCAAAUUUGUCUCCUUGAACACACUCUCAGACAAGAUUUUCCAGCCGGAGAAACACGGGGGUCUGAUCUUCACCAGCCCCCGAGCUGUGGAGGCCGUGAGGAUGUGUGUGGAGGAGAGGAAGGAAGAAUGGGAGCGCUCUGUGAAGGACCAGUGGAACUGCAGGUCCGUGUAUGUGGUGGGGAAAGCUACUGCUGCUUUAGUUGAAAGUCUGGGCCUGGAUCCUUUGGGAGAAGACAGCGGGACGGCGGACGUGCUGUCGAAGCUUAUCAUUGAAAAAGAAGACAAGAACAUCCCUCCGCUGUUCUUUCCCUGUGGCUCCAUCAAGAGAGACGUCCUGCCCACGGCUCUGAAAGACAACGGUGUUCCUCUGGAGACUCUGACUGUUUAUCAAACUACUGAACACCCAGACCUGGAGAAAAACCUCAAGAAUUAUUUCACUGAGCAGGGCGUUCCAGCGAGUGUGGCCUUCUUCAGUCCGUCCGGAGUCAAGUUCUGUCUGGAGCUGGUGCGGAGGUUUUCGGGAGACCAGCUGAGUCUCGUCAAAUUUGCUGCGAUUGGUCCAACCACAGAGGAGGCCAUGAAAGCCGAGGGUCUCACUGUGAGAGCUGUGGCCGAAAAACCAACAGCUCAACACCUGAGUGCAGCUAUCCACAACGCCCUGCAGUGA